UGACUCCAAGCCCCUCUUUUAACUAACAGUCAGACAACUGCUUACCCACCAGCUGUUCUCUCCGCUGCUCUUCACAAACUACCUACUGAGAACACCAUGAAGGCAGCCGAACGGAUUCGCGUCCCCCAAAGGGAUGGCUCCCCUCUGCGACUCGAGUUUGCGACCGUCGAGGACCUUCCCGAGAUUACCGACUUGUGGUACAAUGCCUUCUCACCCAGCAUGUUAUUUCUCUGGCCCGACACUCCCGGCGUGCGAGAGUGGUGGAAUGAGGCCAACCGCCAUGACAUGCUUCACAAACCGAAAUCAAAGUACCUCAAAGUUAUCGAUACGACGCAAAACGGCCGGAUAGUGGCUUACGCUAAGUGGUCCUUCGAGACCGCCAAAGAGCGCGGGCCACGAUGGCCCGCCUGGCAUCCUGACAUGGACGCGGCCACGAUGGAUCGGUUUCUGCUCCAUCUGGAGACCAACCGUGCCAACGCUGUGGCAGAUACACCCAAAGAUUUUUACCUCGACAUGCUGGCGACGCAUAACGGGUAUCGGAAACAGGGCGCGGCGCGGUUGUUGCUCGAAUGGGGGUGUGAAGUGGGCGACGAGGAGAACGCGCACAUUUACAUCGAUGCCAGCACCGACGGCCAGCCAGUGUACCGGAAGUUUGGCUUCGUGAGCAAAAACGAUCCCACGACCGAUCCCUUUGAAGUGGCAGCCAUGGUGAGGGAGCCGGGGUGGAAAGCCACAUGACGCAGUUGGAUUUAGAAGUUCAGUGGUUUGAGGUAGACAAUGGCACAACAGGACAUUUCGAACAAAACGAUAAGCAAAUUCCAGUGAAAGUAAACUUCAAUCGUGCAACGGUUACGAUGAAUCGUCGAUUGGGACUAGAUCAAGGUCUGGUUAGAAGCCAUUUAAUAAGUUAGCAUU